UAUGAUCUGAUCAUUAUGAUUUAGAGUGAAGGAGGGAAAUCUGAUCUUUUUAUGGACUGCCACCAGAUCUAUGAGAAAACCAAGUGAUAUUUUUUGCUGGCCACAAUAUCUGAAGUGUAAUCUUGCUGAGGCACAAGAUUGUCGGGCAUAAAUUAAGAACAUUCUUUAGGAGGUGAGAGAAACUAGACCUUAUUCCUUGUUGCAGAAGCCCAACUAGCAGCCGAGUUGGUAGGUUUUCCCUCGAAUGAUUCCUGCAGCUCAAGAACCAGGCCAACUCUAACUUCACUCCCAGGGCAGGAAUCAACUAGAAAGGGCAAAAGGAGAACUUGCAAGAUAAAAAGGGGAAGAAAGGAAUGCAUUCCAAGCUUGUACUCCCUUGGUUGUCUCGGACUAUAUAAACACUGGAGUUCCCUUGAUGGGUCUACCCGGAAAAUCUCUCUGUCCUCUUGCUUGCAUCUAUAAUGGGUCUUCCCUUCAGUGCGUUAAACAAGUUAGGAGUGCCAGGACUGGGCGCGGUAACUACCGGACAAGUUUAUGAUCGACAUUUUAAGAAUAAGGAUACCCGCACCUUUGAAGAAUUUCAUCUUGCAUAUGUUGAAUUCUGCAAGUAUUUCAACACUGUGUUGCCUGGCCAAGAUUUCGAUACUCCAGACCUUGAAGUGAUAAGGAAAUGGUAUGCGGAUACAUGGGAACCUCUGCAAAAAGACGAUGAAAAGAAGAAGAUGUUCAUUGAGUAUAUGCAGGAAAAGGUCACUGAGGCCACAGUUGAAGACAACCUCUUCAUCAUGGCCGGCCUGGCUGCACCAGCGGCGGCCAUCAUCGCCAAGAAGAGCGGCGAGAGCAUCCCGCAGGUCAAGAAGUUCAAGGUGCAUUUAAUCCCCAACGUUGUCUUUGUGCCGCUGUGCACGCUGGUUGCCAUCAUGGGUGCCACUGCAGUUCAGAUGAGCAAGAAGAGCAAAGACAACAAGCCUACGACCUGAUCCGGUCUUGUUCCUGUCUGUGGCUUAAAUAAGAUGAUGUAAUAAACAAGAAACCUGGAAGGCAUAUUAUCAUCCAAAAAUGAUUGUAUAAAAUUAUACUAAGCUCCAAGUCAGUUGAAUAUAUGUUCCUUUUAUUGUUCAAAUAGUUGAUGAAAAGAAAGCAGAUGUUGAAAAAAUACCUGAUAUAAACAAGUUUGUCCCAGUUUUUAUUU